AAAAAGCGGUGCGUAGCAUGCUCAAGUCGUGUGGGAUGGAAUGAAGGUAUCUUUCUUGACAGUGUCGACACUUUGGCACUCAUCUCUGAAAUGUUUGUCAUUGCGGAGUAUCAGCGGGAACCUGUGCUUACACAACUGGAAUAACUGUAAUGUGAUACAGAGAAUGAAGAGAUGAGCGACUGUUUUGAGUAGAGGUGCUGGAUUUUAGGAUCACAGUUUCAGGUGUAAAGCGUCCACUCUGUGUUACUGGAAUCCCUAUUGGAUGCUGCCCUCUGAUGUUUGUGGAAUGAACUGCUUUUGGGAAGCUGCAUUUAGGUAUAGUUUAAAAAUACAGCCUAUUGAGAAAAUGCACCUUGCUGUGGUUGCCUGUGGUGAAAGACUGGAAGAAACUGUGACCAUGUUGAAGUCAGCUCUCAUUUUUAGCAUCAAACCUCUUCACUUCCAUAUUUUUGCUGAAGAUCAACUGCAUGAUAGCUUUAAAGCUAGACUUGACAGCUGGUCAUUUCUACAGACAUUUAAUUAUACAUUAUAUCCCAUUACAUUUCCAAGUGAGAAUGCAGUGGAGUGGAAAAAGCUCUUUAAACCAUGUGCUUCCCAGAGAUUAUUCUUGCCAUUGAUCCUGAAAGAAGUUGACUCACUGUUGUACGUUGACACGGAUAUUCUGUUUUUACGACCUGUUGAUGAUAUUUGGUCUUUACUAAAGAAAUUUAAUUCCACACAAAUUGCUGCGAUGGCACCAGAACAUGAGGAGCCUCGAAUAGGAUGGUACAAUCGCUUUGCCAGACAUCCAUACUAUGGAAAAACUGGAGUGAACUCUGGAGUUAUGUUGAUGAACAUGACACGAAUGAGAAGGAAGUAUUUCAAGAAUGACAUGACAACAGUACGGCUACAGUGGGGAGAUAUACUUAUGCCAUUGCUUAAAAAAUACAAACUGAACAUUACAUGGGGUGAUCAAGAUCUGUUGAAUAUCAUGUUUUUUCAUAAUCCAGAAAGCCUUUUCAUUUUUCCAUGUCAAUGGAAUUAUCGACCUGAUCAUUGCAUAUAUGGAAGCAACUGCCGUGAAGCAGAAGAAGAAGGGAUCUUUAUUCUUCAUGGGAACAGAGGUGUCUACCACGAUGAUAAGCAGCCAGCAUUCAGAGCUGUUUAUGAAGCACUGAGAAAUUGUUCUUUUGAAGAUGACAAUGUCCAUUCCUUGUUAAAGCCUUUAGAACUGGAACUACAAAAGACAGUGCACACAUACUGUGGAAAAAUUUACAAAAUAUUUAUCAAGCAACUAACAAAAAGCAUAAGAGACCGUUAUGACAGACCACCAAAGGAAAGGUGAUUCUUGUGACUGCUAAAGUAAAUGGACAAAAACAACAAAAUAUCAGAGGAUAUAUGUGAGGGAAUCAUCUUCCAUGAAGUAUUUGGGGAGAAAUUACUCAUCUCCAGAAUAUUUUUUCCCCCGAAGAAGUUAUAAAAGCAGUAUAUUCAUGUGAUGAAGAACGAGUUAAAAUCCUGGGCUCCAACAAGAAGACAUUUUUGAUCUCUGAUGUUUUGUAACACAUUACUUGUUAACAUUCCAUUAUUGCUGCAAGGGUUAUUCCAAGCUUGUAGACUGCAGAACCCUGCUAGCUUUUACUCUGGAGUAAGAUAUAGGGUGUGUGGGAAAAAGGGUUCCUCUUACACAGUGGAGACACAAACUGUGAGUAUAGCAAUAAUUUAUGUCAGCACUAACCUCACUUUAUACACGUGAGAAACAAGUUGUUUACAGGAACAGAAAAGGUUUCUCAAGAAAUGUGAUAUGACCAAUGUAAUCAUUGACAAUCUAUGUGUACCUUUAUGCAUUUCAUCUCUAUUCUACAAUAUUUUUUGUGACAAUCAUGUUUUUAGACUCUAAGCUGCACGUUAAAAACUGAGUUGUAUGAGAAAGAGUAAAAAUAGUGAAAAUGUUGAGGAUUUCGUGUGCAUGGUGUGCGCGCGUGUGUGCGCGUGUGUGUAUGUAGAGGUGAGAGACAAAGAGAAAUGUACUGUUUUCAUUUUGUGUGCAUUAAACUGUUUUACCAAAUCUCAGUUAUAAAUUAUCUAGAAUUUUUAUAUCACUUUAUGUGAAAAUUUGCAGCUUUACUGGGCAUUCUGGAAGUAAGAUAUAUUAUGGUGAUAAUAAAGUGAGAACCUUAAUAGUAAUGUUAAUGUGAUGGUCGGAAAUGCAGCGGACCAAAAUACAUAAGCUGUAUACUUCCUGUGAGUAGUCAUUUUAGUUACCACACAAUAAGAAAAAAUAGUCCAUUUAAACUAUUCUACCUCAAAUGGCGUUAUAGGAUAUUUUUUGAAGAAGCAAAUUUAUAGAUUCAAUUUAAGUAAGUUGAACAACUUUGAUGGAUGAUUUGGAUUAACAGGUUAAUCUAUAGAAAGGUAGUUUUGAUUGGUUGAUUCCUUUUUUUUUUGAACAGUGCUAAAGACAGUUAGCUUUUUAAUCUUGAAGAUGAGAAAAGUAUUACUUCUCUUGCCAUUCUUGACCUGCUAUCUACAUAAUUAUAGAUCUGAGUAUUAUACUGGAGUACAUAUCUCAUUUUGCUCUGUGCUAUUUGGUUAUCUUCUUUUUUCUGUCUGAUAUUUUAAUGCUUAAAUAGAGAAGGGCACAUCAUGAAGGAAAAAAAUCACUUGUGAAAAUUGUGGCAUUCUGUCUUGAAAAGAUACAGUGUCUUCUGUGUAGCCCUGGAUAUGCAGAAAUUAAGUGAUUGGUACUGUUGUCUCCUGUCUUCUGUAGUUUAGUCAGGGAUAGACUGAGAGAGAAAUGUUAGAAAAAGCAAAUUAAAAGUUGACUCCACUCCUCACAAGACUUCCCAAAAAAGAGAGGUUGAUAACCAGCCUUGCACUCUUAUAACUGAUUGGUUGAGAGAGCAAGAGCUUUAGUUCCUUUACAGAGUGUGAGAACUGUGUUAAAAUUGAUCUUGCUGAAGAGGAAGUGAGUAUCCUAAAAUUUCAAGCUUUGGCUGAUGUAUAUAUAUUUCUAAUGGUCCACAAAUGAGACCAUUGCUGUCUGACUCCAGAGAGAGGGAGCUUGUUAAAAACAGAUGUUCUGAGCUGGGUGUGGUGGUGCACGCCUGUAAUCCCAGCACUUGGGAGGCUGAGGCAGGAGGAUUG